UUACGUUUUUUUUUAUAAAUUCUUUUUUGAGGUGCGUUCCUGAUUCCCUUCUUAAUUUCAGGCCCUGGUCUCUCCUUAUUUGAAACUCAAAGAUUGAAACAAAAAGAACCAAACAAUCAGAAAAGUAAUUCAAUUUUUAAAUUGGAUCGGGUCAGCUUCGAGUGGAUAGCACCUUUGUUCCGGAUGAUUCCAUUCUUAUCCGACUGAAUGAGACAGUUGCCAUCCGGACUGUUGUUCUGCUGAUACUGAUCCGAUCCGAACGGCCUGUACUGUUGACAGUUCCGAAAAAUUGCAAAACACUACCUAUUGGUUACUCUCAUACUUAUGUUUAUUUGAUCUGGUCCACCUCUCCACCUACUGUCCCGUAUGCCCUUCCCAUAUACGUAACGCGCAUCCUUCCUUUUUGUGGUGCGCGUGUGUGUUUUGUUUUAUUUUUUCUUCUUUCUGUUGAGUUCCUAGCCAGACCGGGCACCAGUUCUCAGCUCUUUGUUUGUUUGAUUGUUUUCUUCUUUCGUUUUUGAUUUGGAGGCGUUUGUUUGUGAAUAUGUGUGUGUGUGUUGUGGUGAGGCGCUCGCACUCGGUGACGCCGUUCUUGUGUGCCUGUGUGCUUUGCAGGUGACCGUAUGUUGCGUCUAGCGAUGGCGUCACGUCACCACCAUCAUCGUGCCGGUUUGCAUCAUCACGAUCUCGCCUCUGGAGUGGUUGUGAAUGCCGUUUUGGCAGCCGGAGGAGGAGGAGGAGGAAGCGGCUGCGUUAAUGGGAGCCGCACUGUUGGCGCAGGAGGCAUGGCAGGAGGAGGCAGUGAUGGGCCAGAGUAUGAAGGUGCAGGUCGCGGUGGGGUAGGGUCAGGGAUAGGAGGAGGAGGAGGAGGAGGAGGAGGAGGUAGGGCGGGAGGAGGAGUAGGUGCGACGGGAGCAGAGAAACAGCAGCAGAACCGCAGCAACCAUCACCGGACCACCGAGCAAGCGGAUCGUGAGGCGAGCGUAUGUGCCGCAGGAGGAGUAGGAGCAGCAGCAGCAGCAGGCGUAGGAGGGUUAGGGUGCGAUAGUGGUGCGGCAGCAGCGGCUGCAGCAGCAGCAGCAGCAGCAGCGGCCAGUAUGCUUGGCUUCAGUGGCGUUCCGCUUCCGCUCGGCGGUAGUAGUAGUCUCGUCGAGUCGCUGGUCGAACAUCACCGCCUGGCCGCGAGCCUAGGAGGAGGUGCAGUAGGAGGCGGGAGUGGAGCUGGCGGUGGGGCAGGCAGCUCAGGAGGUAGUGGAGGAGGUCUCGCGAACGGGUCACCGUACGGUGGAGGAGGGCAUCAUCUGUCCCACCAUCAUGGUGGAGCCGCGGCCGCCACCGGUCACCACCAUCAUCAGCACCACGCCGCACCGCACCACCAUUCCCUGCAGCAGCAGCAUGCGAGCAGUGCCUUCAACAGUGCCGGCGAUGCCCGCUCGGGAGUGGCGGUAGCGGCAGCCCUCAACACCGGUGGUGGUGGGCCCCCGCCGGAUGGCAGCGGCAGCGGUAGCCGGUGUAGCAAACCAUCCGUCACGUCGACGACUCCACCGACACCGGCGUCCCUGUCGUCGUCCUCGUCGUCCUCAUCCUCUGCCUCCUCAACGUCACUGUGCGGGGGUAAUGGCGGUGGAGGCGGUGCAGGAGCAUCUGGCGGUGGCUUUCUCAUCACCGGUGACCCAUCCGACACCAUAGGGGCUGGAGGUGGUGGAGCGGGCGGUCCACUCCGUGGUAGUAGCGGUGGUGCCGGUGGUGGCAGCAGCGGCGGUGGCGGCAACGGUGGCACUUCCGGCGGUGGAUCAAGCACGACGCGGCGCGACCACAACAUCGACUACUCGUCGCUGUUCAUACAGCUGACCGGCACCUUCCCGACGCUGUACAGCUGCGUCAGCUGUCACAAGACCGUCUCGAACCGGUGGCACCACGCAAACAUACAUCGGCCCCAGAGCCACGAGUGUCCGGUGUGCGGGCAGAAGUUCACCCGGCGCGACAAUAUGAAGGCUCACUGCAAGGUGAAGCACCCGGAGCUGAGGGACCGCUUCUACAACCACAUCGUACACAUGUGAUUAAGCGCCGCCCGAAACAAGCAGCGGCUGAAGUAUAAGAAGAACCUGUUCGUGUAAAGCGUGGGUCGCUCGCUCUCUUUUUCCAUGCACACCACCGUCUUAACACUCACUGUGGGGUAGGUCCUUGAACACGAGUCGCUCGCGCACACACGAGCCAAAUGAUUUUCCUCUGGUCACGUGGGGUGAGUGUGUUGUAGGAGAUGUGCAUGGGCCAGCCGUUGUAGAGUAAGGAUUGACUGCUCUACACAUAUUAUUGCAUCAGCAGUAGCGCGCCAUCCAAGCGAGUUGAUUGACAUAUACCGUAUACCGGACCCCAUUUUUCCUCCCACAGUAUGGAUGAUAUUUAUAUACGCAUACAACAUUCAUACCAACGUAGUAUUGCCUUCAUGUCUUGAGGUUAGACAUUUUACAUACGAUGAGCAUAUAUAUAUAUAUAUAAUUAUAUUGUCAAUGGUGGACGUGUGUGGAUAGAUCGCUACGUCAUAGAUGAGGCCUGCAAUAGGAUUGUUUCCGUUCGCAGCACAUCGCGCCUGUAGUGUGAUGAUCGCAUACUCCUCCUAUAUCUUGUAUGGUAAAAAUGUGCAUUUUGGAGUAUAUAUAUAUAUAUUUAAUGACAUGGACAACACGUACUUUCAUUGAAGGGAGAUGACCCUUAUUUCCAGCGCUAGAUAGGGCAGGAUCAUAUUAUGUCUGUGCUGUUAAACGUCAUGGUUUUAAACAUCGUGAACUUCGCACAGGUGCAACAUGAGAGAGAUGGAGAGAGAGAGAGAGAGAGACAAAGAGGCGAUAAAGGAGUGAAUUAAAAGGAUUGAAGAGAAUUCAGGGGCGGAGGAGGAGUAAUUUAUAGUAACAAAAUCAAACCAAGCACUCUGGAGGUCUCGGGCAUACUAGACUUCUGUAUUAACAUUCUUGGUCCUCUGGUAGGCCAUGGCAUUGAAAAAGAAAAGUGCUAGUUGGUGCUAAAAAGUAACUAAUCUCGUGUUAAACGCACAAAUGUGCUGCAAAUUGCAUACCUUCCGAAGUGCAGUAAUUAUUGUAGUAGUUUUGUUAGGUUCCAUUAGAGAUAUAAUCAGUUCAGCUUGCUUGUUUAAUGUUGCGUAACGUUCUCACCUGUUCAACCUGAGUGACGAUCUCAGUAGCGUUCAGUACGGAUUUGUAGUUAUGUCUUUUCUCGAUAUCUCUCCAGUCUCUUUCUUGUCUCUUUCUCAUGUUCGCUGCCGCACCUAGCUAGUUCAUUACGGGCAUUAUAUGGAUCCCUUUCCGUUAUACGUUUAUGCGUUAGUCCAAUGCAUUAUCUGUCCUAGCAUAUGCACAAGGGAAGGUUUGUAGCAAUUACGCGUUCGAUCCCUAUCAGUGGGUUUUGCUGCAUAACACUCCCCCACCUUGUACGGAUCCGUACGCGCGGCCUCUUCCACACUUACGGCCCAAGAAUCGGGCGUGUGUGCGCUCUCCAUUUCCCCCAUUGCGUUACGCUUUCGAAUCCGUAGUGGUGUCGUUGUUGUUUGCCCUUCCGUUGCGCGUUUCCUUCUCCCUCCACACUGUGGUGUCUGUUCGGGUGCGGGCGUGCGCCAAGUUUGUCUUGGGUAAUGUGUUUAAGUUAAAAAAUUACAGAAUCCAAUUUACAAACCAAAUGUAGUAGUACAUAUUACAGCCCGGAAAUAAGAGGAGCCAUUUAGUAAAACACUUACGCUCAGGCUAUUAUAGUGUGCUUCGCGGUUUAGGAUUAGACAAGUUGACAAGUUUUUUAGAAAUGAGCCAGUAUCUUACAGGAACAAAACAAAACACUCUCUGACACACAUAGGAAGUAUAAUUCAGCCAAUUAUAUUAAACUAUAUACACAUUCAAGACACCGAAAGUAAAACGGAAAACAGUAACCAGACAGAAGAAAUAAGAAAAAAAAACAACAACAACAACAACAAGGAACUGUAGAAAUAUCUACAAACACAUAUACAUUUAUAUUUUUAUAUGAUAUGGAAACUAUAUUUAUAUGCGUAGAUGGCCCUCCCCCGGUAAAAAAAGAAAAACAAAGCAAAAAAAAAAAAAAUAGUGAACUUGCAAUAGUAAUAUCGAUUGCGUAGUUGAUAGAUUUAUAGAGACAAUUUAAACAAAUGUAUUAACAAUAAUAACUAUAACUAUAACUAUAAUCCCAAAAGCAAGACAAGUAAAAAGAAGACGUGAAACACAACAAUGCCAGCCCAAUGAAAAAAAAAGAAAAGAUAACUACAUAGUAUUAAAACAAACAAAUAAUGGAAGCUAAACAGAACAAGAAGUCGUCAAGACAUGGUAGUAACCGAACAAAACUUGUCAUGAUGAGUAGAAGUAAUUCAACCGUAGGUCAGAAAUAACCGUAUGGGCUUAUUGAUUGAUACCUUACACCUAGUGUUAUGAAAACGUAACGUUUAAGUAAAGCAAAUGAAACCAAAAGUAACCGAACAAAAGGUAGAAGAAACGGAGGAAGGAACACACAAACCAGAGCUAAACCACCAACAACCAAACUAAACAUUAGAUAAAUCGUACGAUGUGAUAUUUAGAGAUAGUAACAAAAACAAAACUGGAGGAAGCAAAACGAACAACAGCAACAACAAGAAGAGAAAGAAACAGUCACAGACGCACACACAU